UUGAAUAAAUGCUUUACAAAAAUUGGAUUGAAAAAGUUUUUAUUUUUUUGUUAAUUAAAUCUUCCGUAUUGUACAAGUUCUUAUAUGGGUGAUAGUAGGCAUAGCGACGUAAGGGGAGUUAUCAACAAUCAUUUCAAUAUUUCGUUACAUUAUAGUGGUUCAUCUUUACAGCUGUGUUUAUUAUUCUUGUAGUUAACUCUUCCCAAAUUCUAUAAUAUCACAAAUAGCAUUUCAAAUUGAUUAACGUCGUUUAUGUUUCACAUUAAACGUUCUGUGCAAAACUAUAUUAGAGUGACGAUCAUUUUAAUUGUAAACGCUGUCUAUAAAAGAUGCUUGUAUUCAACUUUUUGGGUUGGCACCGAUAGGGUUAAUAUGGCGGAUAAAAAUAAGAAACGAGAACGUCGGGAACUUUCUUGUAUCGGAAAGGUAUCAAUUUAUACCGUGUCAAUAGCGAUGCAAGCGGCCGCUUGCAUAUUCUUGAACGUUGGGGUUGAACGAACGAGUCUGGGGUGAAACGAAUCGAGGGGGUGGAAAAGGGGAAUCGAGAGGAGGAAGGGAAGCGUACGAGGGUGGCAAAGUACUCGUCAGUCGUGUAACGCGUUUCCCGCCGAGUACAUCGGUUAUAUUGGCAAUAUAUUAAAUAGCGGCCGCAUUUCCAGUUUCCACGUGUACCUCGCGUGUGUCUUAUGAGAUCUGAUUGCUAUUGGCUAUCGCAGUUCCGCGGCAACCUGUAUUAUCGAUUGAACGCGUUUUGCGCACGUUGCCGCAGUUACUUGUGGCACCGCGCUACCAUUGCACGUACAGUACUACCGUCCCGUUGUUUACGUCCAAUCACACACAGAUUCAGAUCGAUUUAUCAUUUCAAAAUUCGCGUCGUCCAGUGUACCAUCUCCUGUGUCCUCUGGAUUAAAAUGCUUGGCGUUUAUCGAAGUCACUCCUCGGUACACGCUUGCUGUCAAAAUCGCCGUCUAACCGCCAUGUUUCAUUUCAAAUUCUACGUCACGUGCAUCGGUGAAAAAGUAAACUCUCUGCCCUUGUCUAUUUGUUGACAUCGGUAAGGAAACACGCCAUUCACGAACAGUAUGGCCAACUUGUUGAUAGUUUCAUGGAUUGGCCAAAUUGUGACGUGAGAUUAUUUCUAAUAUCGUCUCGAUGUGUUUCGAGAUCACUGAUCGAUUCUUGAUCUGUUUUAUCGAUGUUGGGUGUUUUCGAUUUACAAUCUGCCGCCACAACUGGGAAGAAGGGGUCGGUUCUGUUACUGCACGGUGAAAAUUAAGAGUAGAAAGGACAGUUGCUUCGAAUUACAUUCGGUGUUUAGGAUAAAAGUAUUCGGUAUGAUUAGUGAAGAUAUUUUCAAAUAUACAUCAUACGUGUGAUACUGUCGGAUGUGUUGUGCGUGAUUUCGUUGAAACGUAAUUACUGCGAACCGAAGUUUUCGUGCGAUUAUGGUGUUACGGUUAACAUCAUGUGAUACUCUCCUUUUUCCGUUCGUGGAUGCACACUCAUGGAAAGUUACAACGAAAUCAUCAAAUUCCCGGUGUAAAAGGAAACGGACGAAAGAAGGUGGAAUGAGGAGAUUGAAACGGUGACCUCGUGCCACGCGCGGUGAUGCUACUGGCAAGCGGUGUUUCGAUACCGACCAUCGCCGGUACCCUCGAGGAGGAGGACGAAUAUGCACGUAGCGAGGCGAACAGCGCGCACUACGAUGGCUAUGUUACCGAUCAUACGGAUCUCGCUUCCGAAAUCGAUAUCGACGAAUCCGAGUACAGGCGGGAGCUUCUCAACGAUAAAUGGCGGAUGCUGUUUGAUAAGUUUGAUCCGGAGGGUUUUGGCGAGAUACCAGUGGAGGAUUUUUUGGCGGCUCUGAAAAGUCCCGAAUGGAAAGCCGAGAUACCCCCGAAUAAACGGGAUAUUCUCCUCACCAGGGCAAAGGAGUCACGUGUUCAUGCGGUGACGUUUCAGGAUUUCGUCAAUGUGAUGAGUGGCAAACGAACGAGGAGCUUCAAGUGCGCGGUUCACCAUCGUGACCGUGAGGUUUGCUCGGAAAACGAUUUUCACCUGCUCGUGCACGAGCCUCCUCUCUUUCGCAGGAUGGUCCGCAUGAUCGGCGACGAAUUCCUAACGGAAGAAAGGGACCGGAAGUAUUAUGCCGAUCAUUACACGUGUUGCCCGCCACCUCUCUUCAUCAUCCUCAUCACACUUGUGGAGCUGGGUUUCUUCACAUAUUACACGGUAGCAAUGGGCGAAGUGAAUCCUUCGGGUCCGGUACCGAUCGAUAGUGUCUUCAUUUAUAGACCAGACAAACGUCUCGAACUCUGGAGAUUUGCAUUCUACAUGUUCCUUCACGCGGGGUGGCUUCACCUGCUAUUUAACCUAGGAGUGCAGGUGGUCGUGGGACUUCCCUUGGAAAUGGUUCACGGAAGUCUAAGGAUCGCGGCGGUCUAUAUGGCUGGAGUUCUUGCUGGUUCCUUAGGUACAUCGGUGUUCGACACGGACGUGUACCUCGUUGGCGCCAGCGGGGGUGUUUACGCUCUGCUCGCAGCUCAUCUAGCCAACGUCCUUCUCAACUACAACAACAUGGAGUUCGGCAUAGUGCGAUUAAUAGGCAUCUUCGUGAUCGCGAGUGCCGAUGUGGGAUUCGCCAUCUACGACAGGUACGCGGCCGAGCAAAUGGGCCCGCCAGUUUCGUACGUGGCGCAUCUGACGGGCGCGUUGGCAGGCCUGACGAUCGGUCUCCUGGUGCUGAAGAAUUUCGAGCAACGGCUCCACGAGCAGCUGCUCUGGUGGGUGGCGCUAGGCGUUUACGCCGCCUGCACGAUCUUCGCGAUCAUGUACAAUCUGAUGCACCCGGACUAUCCAUGACGUGAGGUCAGCUUCGCGUACGGGCAACCACGGAACACGUAACGCGAAGCUGAACAGCAACGAAUCAAGAGGAAACAAAGGGGAAGAACCGCUGUUGGAAGAAGAGGAGAAAGCAGGGAGCGCGAUCUUCGAGGGAAAUCCCGGUGAAAGUUUGCAGUAAAUUUGAAAAUGGCGACUUUGUCAUCCAUCGAAGAGAGUAACGAACGAGGCAAACGGUGGACAGUUCGUUAUUCGUGACAUAGACGCGCGAACAAGAAUCGGGUGACGUUUGUUCUCCGUGAAGAGUUUUACCAAAUUCUCGGAACAUAUCUGCGUGAAAAGCGAUUCCAGACGACUUCACAGGAGUCCCGUAACGAAUUACUGAGGAGAAGAGUUUUGUGAUCAAAAUAGAGAGAACUAGAACUGACUUUAACUUGACGGUAAUAUGCGAUUACUUUUUUUUUUCUAAAUCAAUGUCAAGGUGACGGUAGAGAAAGGAAGCGUUUCAGCUGUUCGGUGAGAAAAUAAAUGGGAAAUACUGGGAACGUAUACAGAAUAGAAACUUCAAGAUACGGCCACUUGUCGACGAAAAAUUGAAAUUGACCUUAACAACAGUAAAUGAUGGACAUAUUUUCAAAAUUGAUAUCAAGCUGAUAAAAGAGAAAGCAAACGUUCCAGGUGUUCAUAUGCAUAACAUAUAGGGAAUUAAACGGAAUAGAACACAAGGGAAAUAGAGAGCAGGGGAACCAGCGCAAGGAAGCAUUAAUUUCCAAAAGAUUUCUCAUUAGGGCGAUCUAUCCCUCGGAACUACGCGGAGUCGAUUCAACGACCGAUCGAAAAGCGACUGAAAACGAGAAGAUGAACAAUACGGCGACGACGUCGAAAUAAUGCGUCGGAGAGACGUUAUUUAAAAUCUCGAGGGCAGGAAGCAACGAACGAGAAGCGAGAAAUGGAAAAGGCCUGAAAAUGUAAGAGAAUUGAAUGCUAUAAAUCGGUCCCUUCCCUUCGAGUGCUUCGAAUGCACUUACUACUUUCCCGGUGAAAAGCCAAAGAUUUGAGAUACCUCUGGGAGUCCACUUCCAACGCCAUCGAGGCGAAAUGCAACAAAGCGUCGGCGGUCGAGCCAACGAGAAGUGAUAGGAAAGAACUUUCUGGUUUGGGAGUGACCAGUGGUCCAAACCUCAGUUUUCGACGAAUUUCAUCGUUCACCGGUCGCCUUGAGGUACGCAGAAACCAAAGAAACAUAUGGAACGAUGUCCUCCUUCGUUCUUUCCAAAUUGAGUGUCCAAAGGAAGGGAAUAGAAGAAGAUGUUCCAAGGUGUCCACGCGCAAGGGAAGAGAGAGAUACGGGAGGAAGAAAUGCAAUAAGACCUGGUUACAUGGUGUUUCAGUAGAAAAGAAUAUCGAAGAUGAGGAAGAUUUGAGGAUUGGUCUUAGAAGAUGUUUCAAAAUGUCUACGUGCAAGGAAAGAAAACUUGAACGGAGGAAGAAAGAAAAUGUGGACGGAGGAAAUGCGAUAAGACCUGGGCUACGUAGCGUCUUAAUAUUGAAAAA